AUGAAUACGCGACAGGUUAUUGACGAGUCUGUGGGACCGUAUUCCCUGUCAGCUACAUUCAAUAAUGGAAACUCUUGCUUCUCCGUGGGCUUGGAAACCGGGUUUUGUGUCUUCAACGCCAACCCUUGUGAGCUCAAGGUAUCGAGAGAUUUCAACGCGGGAGUUGGCGUCGCCGUUAUGCUCGGGCAGUCCAACUAUCUAGCCAUCGUCGGCGGCGGCAGACAGCCGAAGUUUCCACAAAAUAAGCUAGUUAUUUGGGACGACGCCAAACAGAAAGCCGUUAUCACCCUCGAGUUCCGCACCUCCGUCCUCGGCGUCCGUUUGUCGAAAUCCCGCAUCGUCGUCGCGCUGUUGAACAGCGUUCACACGUUCGCUUUCUCGACGCCACCGAAGAAGCUCUCGGUAUUCGAGACCACCGAUAACCCCCUGGGCCUUGCGUGUCUAGGGCAGGAGCUGCUCGCAUUUCCUGGUCGGUCACCAGGACAAGUUCAACUAGUGGAACUCGAAACCGGGAACGUUAGCAUUAUACCAGCGCAUAGCACCCCUCUUCGCGCUAUGGCGCUGAGCCCCGAUGGGGAGGUUCUCGCGACUGCGAGCGAAGCGGGCACUUUGAUACGGAUAUUUGCGACAAGCAAUUGCGCGAAGAUGGCUGAACUUCGGCGAGGAGUAGACCACGCGGCUAUAUUUUCACUCGCCAUCUCCCCGUCAAAUAACCUGUUAGCCGUGACAUCUGACAAGUCUACGUUACAUGUUUUUGACCUUCCCCACCCAAGCAAGAACCCGUAUCAUAACCAGGCAGCAACAUCCUCCGAAGAAAGGCUGAAUAGGAAAUGGGGCAUUCUUGGCAAGAUUCCUCUGCUCCCCCGAAUGUUCUCCGACGUUUACUCCUUCGCGAAUAUCCACUUCGAGAUGGGAGAAGAAACGCAAGGUGUCGGAUACGUUCCACCUCUCGGCACAACAUUAGGGCGGCCCAUGAAGGGAGUUAUAGGCUGGUCUGAUAAUAAUACCAUACUUGUGGUCAGUUCGGGGAGGGGCGGAAGGUGGGAGAAGUUUGUCCUCCGAGAAGGCGAAGACGGCAGGCGGCACUGCGUCAAAGACGGUUGGAAACGAUAUCUGGGGGGAGGCUGA